ACUACAUGUAGCUAGUACGCAGCUCGCCCACAAGGUACCGUACGUCAGGUGGCAUUCCAGCCGUGUCCAUCUUCGCAAUGGCUCGUUUGUUUCCACCCAUAAUAUCAUACGGCAGUAUCAUAGAAUCCAACCCUCAUUCAAUCUCAUUCGAUAUCUUUUGUGGCCAUGGCGACAACCAACUCAUCGUCUCGGCAAGAAGCAUUUGUGGCCAUGUCGAAUAACAACGCAUCGCUCCAGCCGAAAGCACCCGAUGACGAUAUUUCUUAUCGGAUGGUGGCCCUUGCGGUAGAUGAUUAUAUGUCGGUUUCGGUCCAUACUUCGCUGUUCGACGGUACCGUCAUGUCAGAGCCGAUGCCCUCGGGUACUACUGCUAUGGAGGACGCCUUCGCAUCUAUCGGUAUGGACUCCAUGUCGAUGUCUCUGAUGCUGCCAGCAGAAGAAGCAGAAGAAGCAUCUGAAAGGAAUCCCAUUCCAGACGUGGACACCACAGCCUCCACUACUAGAGCAAAGGAUAUGGAUCUUCACGACGCCUUGAAGAGCAUGGCGUCGGCCAGCGAAGUCAAAGAAAUCUUGCAGAGUGCUACAGACAACAACAAGUCCAUCACCAAGUCCUGGGAUGAAAAUAUGACACCUUUGCAUCGGGCCAUGAGGAUGGCAGCUCCGGAUGAAGAAGUUAUUUUGUCCAUUAUUGAGUUUGAUCCUGAGGUUAUUACCAUGCAGGAUGACGUGGGAAGAACUCCUUUGCAUUGGAGCAUCAAGAACAUUGAGAACGGAAUCUCCCCCGUAAUCGUCCAAGCUCUAUUGAAAAAUGCCCCGGAGGCGGCAAAGAUAAGAGAUCACGGUGGAUGCUUGCCCCUUCAUUGCGUGACUACACGAACCUCUUUUCAAUCCGUCGAAGAUGUUUAUAAGAGCUACCCAGAAGCAGUGACGGUACUCAACAAAUACAGAGAAACUCCGCUUCACAAACUCUGUCAGCAUGUAGCCAAAGACGGAAUUGUCAAAUCACCGGCCGCGGCUCGUCUUUUCAAAAUGCUGCAAGGGGGCGCGGUUGACAGCGAGGAGAUGAACCUCACUGGAGCAAGGCAAACUAGAGAUGGGCCGGCAGUAGGGAUUGCCCACCACCAAGACCGCCACGAGGCAUCUCCCUGGGAAACACUCAUGGACGGGUGUUUGAAGCAAUCAAGCGAACUCAUGGAAACGUUGGACGUUCUUCAGCACUGGCAAGGCUCUGGAGACCAGCUAUCGCCCGAAAGCUUGAACAAGCUACAAAUGCUCAGUGAGAGAAUGCGCACCAUAAGCAGUACCGUGGACAAUCUGGUUCACACCGCCCAAGAACUUUCUCCCACUACUGUUGCGCGGCUUCCUCCUCUGCAUCCUCGAGAGAUACAGCCAGCGCCACUGACAACAAGCUCCGCAGGAGACCUGGCCUCGGAAAUGUCAUUACCAUCUGCGUUCACCCCCUCAUUUCGGUUUGACAAUCCGCACACUGUCGCAAGCAAGUCCACAGAACACCUCAAAGGAGCCACCAACAGCGAGCCACAUGAAUCACGACCAAUGGAGCAGAGGAUCCAGGCAGGGCGGUUCAGCCCACCCCCGGAAUGCCGCUUUGACCAGUGCCCGGUGCUCCCCAUUGUUACCCCCACAAAAGUUGGUUCCUCCACAGACGGCAAUAGUCCCGCCAAAGCUUCCCCCGUUUUCACUGUCGGAGACACGUGUGUGGGGGAAUACCAGGCAAAGAUCAAGGCGGAGCGAGUGUUUUCCAGGAGAAUUGAGUUGGUCCUCGAGUUCUACAAGACUGGUGCGGGCGACGGUGCCAAAGUGAAACGAAAAAUAAAGGGCCAGUAUGAUAGAAUCGCAAGAUGUGUCCGCGAGUGUUGCAACAAUGACGUUCACAAGUAUUGCAGCAAUCAUCCCAAGACGCUUGAUCUCUCUCGCCUGCAGUGUCCCAAUGGCCUAAAGCACUUUCACGAGGGAAGAGCUAGCUAGGCUAGCUCGGCUAGCUAGUAGCACUCAUUCCUGGAUGGAAACUAUCUCGGGCAAAUGCGCACAUCUCCAUUACGCGCUCAUUCUGCCAGGAGAUAGAACUCUUAGAUGGUGAAUACAUAGAAGAUACCCGUAGUACUUUUGAGGAAAGAGGAACUCGGGGAUGUUUCAGUUGCCAAAAACGAGGCAUCCAUUCGAAAACCCAGCUGCAUUGAUACCAGUAAACCUAGCUAGCUAGAGAAUGGUGUUUGAUCCAAGGGAAACACACCAAAUCUAACUUUGA